AGUGCGGCGAAAAAGUCACAAGACCAGUCAGCUGAAUUUCUGUCUUUGCUGUGUCGCAGUGGUGUGAAAAACACUGGGUAAUUUCAAUAGAUUUUCAUAAAUUCUGCUCUUGAAUUUGUGCGCUCGAGCGACAAUUGUUUCUGCAUAACAACCGCCGUCGAAGAAAAGCCAGCAAAAUGACUACCGCCCUGUAUUUGCCCGAGGAAAACAUCGAUAUGAUUGCUGCCACUUCGGUGCUGCAACAGCAGGCCGCGGAUAUCCGCACCAGGACCAUCAACUGGGCCUCCUACAUGCAAUCGCAGAUGAUCAGCGAGGAGGAUUACAAGACAAUCAGCACGUUGGACAAAUCACGCGGCACCUAUCUCGCCCAGAACUCGAGUCAGGUGGUCAAGACCCUCCUCAACCUGGUCUCCCAUCUGUCCAAGGACUCUACCAUUCAGUACAUCCUAGUUCUGUUGGACGAUCUGUUGCAGGAGGAUCGCUCUCGUGUGGAUCUCUUCCAUGAGACGGCCGGCAAGCUGAAGCAGUGCAUCUGGGGACCGUUCCUCAACCUGCUGAACCGUCAGGACGGCUUCAUUGUCAACAUGUCGUCGCGGAUUCUGGCCAAGUUCGCCUGCUGGGGCCAUGAGACCAUGCCCAAGUCGGACCUGAACUUCUAUCUGCAGUUCCUCAAGGAUCAGCUGGCCACCAAUGGAUUAGCUUAUCUGCAAGAGAUGGCCCAGCUGGCCAAGCGGACACAAACGAUCAUUGUGCAUACGCAUGGACAGCAUGGGAACAAAGACCACCAUGGCCAUCAGUACAGUCCGACAUUGGCCCAGCUGCAGCAGCAGCAGCUCAGCCUGGCCAACGAGAGCUAUCGGGAGGUGGGCGGCGGCAUGGGCAGUACCAGUGACCAGCAGCAGGAUGGCAAAUGUGUGAUACCGAACAACGAGUACAUCCAAUCGGUGGCCAGGUGCCUGCAGAUGAUGCUCCGUGUGGAUGAGUAUCGAUUCGCCUUCGUUGGAGUCGAUGGCAUUAGUACUUUGAUCCGCAUCCUGUCGACCCGUGUCAACUUCCAGGUCCAAUACCAGCUGAUCUUCUGCCUGUGGGUGCUGACCUUCAAUCCCCUGCUGGCCGCCAAAAUGAACAAGUUCAGCGUGAUCCCAAUCCUGGCCGAUAUCUUGAGUGAUUGUGCCAAGGAGAAGGUGACUCGCAUCAUACUCGCGGUCUUCCGUAAUCUGAUCGAGAAGCCCGAGGAUUCGUCGGUGGCCAAGGACCAUUGCAUCGCCAUGGUCCAGUGCAAGGUGCUGAAGCAGCUCUCCAUACUGGAACAGCGUCGUUUCGAUGAUGAGGAUAUCACCGCUGAUGUGGAAUACCUUAGCGAGAAGCUACAGAACUCUGUGCAGGAUCUUAGCUCCUUCGAUGAGUAUGCUACCGAGGUGCGUAGCGGUCGCUUGGAAUGGUCGCCCGUUCACAAGUCUGCCAAAUUCUGGCGUGAAAACGCCCAGCGACUCAACGAGAAGAACUACGAACUGCUGCGUAUCCUUGUCCAUUUGCUGGAGACCUCCAAGGAUGCCAUUAUCCUGUCUGUUGCCUGCUUCGAUAUCGGAGAGUAUGUGCGUCACUAUCCUCGCGGCAAGCAUGUCCUGGAACAGCUGGGUGGCAAGCAGAUUGUGAUGCAACAUCUGGGCCAUGAGGAUCCCAAUGUCCGGUAUGAGGCCCUGUUGGCCGUCCAGAAGCUGAUGGUGGUGUGAUCUAGAUCAUCCAUUAUCCUUUCAAGACAUCAUCCUCACGAAAUUCAAUGUGCGUUUAUUUCUCUCUCUAUUUCUAAUCAGGGAAUACCUGGGCAAGCAACUGGAGAAGGAUAACGAGAACCAGAAGCAGGGAGCUGCUCCCAUCGCCGGCAAGGCCUAAACAGAGUCCAAUCAGUCCAGUCAGUCAUCCAUCAGGCACAGGCAGAAACCUUACUAACUAACAAUAAGAGUCGCAGGAGGAUGUCAUCUCCAACUCGUCUCCAACUUAACAUGAUGUUUUUGUUCUUGCUACAUUGUGUUGCAAGUGCAUGUGUUUGUUCCCUGUCUAAACUAAGUUCUUGUUAGUCCAUAUCCAUAUUACUUUCUUUUACGCCCCCGCCCCCGCCCCAUAGAACGUAUUGAGAGAACAAUUCGAUUUUUUGUUGGCAUUCCAAUUUAAAAAAAAUAUAUAUAUUUUGAAAAAGCAAUUCUUUGAAAUGGCAGAGCAGAUAUCCUCUAAUAUUUGUUCCAAUAUUCAAUUGUUUAUAUUUUGUUGUUAUUAUUAUUUGUGUUCUUAAUUACAUAUGUAUGUGUGCGCCGCUGUACAGAGUUUUUUUUCUAAACCAGAUGAUAUGCACUUUUUAAUGUAUUAUAAUCGCGUCAGCGCACCAUAACAAAAAACAAAAACAAAAAAACAAAAAUAUAUUGUAUAAACCUAUCAAGUAUUUUCUUUCAUUAAAAACUAUAAAAAAUUAAAUCAAAUAAGCAUAAACUAAAUGAAAUGUAUUGCAUAAAAAUGUUUGUUAUUAAAGUGUACGAUAAAGAUUUGCGAGUGUAAAAGAAAAUAUACAUAAAUUAGCCAAAAGUA